GCUCGCACCGACAGGACGUGUGCGCUUCGGGUGUGGACCACCGCAAACUUUACUCGACUCGAGAGCGCAUUCGUUUGGCCAAUUCUGUUCUGUGGAUGUCUAUGUGGUUCAUUGACUUAAGUAUAUCUAACAGUGUUUUACUGCUUGAGAGGUAGUCCCGGUCCGCAGUGCCCAGUUAUCAGUCUUGGAGCAGAUAAUUGCUAUAAACAGCGGGUUUACAUCUCCACCAUUCGUUGUCGAUAUAAUCUGAUCCCGCACGAGAGGCUCAGCAAACAAUAGUUUAAACACAAUGUAAAUUCGUCUUGUGCAGCUACUUCUCCGUUCGUCAUGGAGCUCGAAGACGUCGAGAUGUAUGGCCACGGCAACUUUAGCUACGAUGACAACGGCACCUACAAUGGCACCCUUGAGAACUGCCCCAACAUUAACCUGCCUAUCGUCUACGUGGUCACUCAAGUCCUGUACGCGUUGGUCUGCGUGGUCGGCCUCCUCGGCAACACGCUGGUUAUCUAUGUGGUGCUGCGCUACUCCAAGAUGCAGACCGUUACCAACAUGUACAUCGUGAACCUGGCCAUCGCAGACGAAUGCUUCCUGAUCGGCAUCCCGUUCCUCAUAGUGACGAUGUCGCUCCGUUCGUGGCCAUUCGGACGGUUCAUGUGCAAAGCCUACAUGAUAUCUACAGGCAUCAACCAGUUCACGAGCAGCAUAUUCCUUUGCAUCAUGAGCGCUGACAGAUACAUCGCUGUGUGCCAUCCAAUAGCCGCGCCACGUCUUCGAACUCCUUUUGUAUCUCGUAUCGUCUCCGCCGCCGCCUGGACCGCCUCCGCUCUGGUGAUGACCCCAAUAUUUAUGUACACGACGCUGAUACCGACCGACAAUGGUCUGUCCUGCAACAUCGUGUGGCCUAAACGAGACUUCAACAAGGGCCAGACCUCGUUCACCUUGUACUCCUUUGCACUGGGUUUCGCCGCACCACUGACGCUUAUUUUCGUCUUUUACUGUUUAGUCAUACGGAAACUAAAGACUGUGGGACCAAAGAACAAGUCCAAAGAGAAGAAACGUUCACACAGAAAAGUCACGAAGCUGGUGCUAACUGUGAUAGCUGUGUAUGUGUUGUGUUGGCUGCCAUACUGGGCGUUCCAAGUGGCGCUGAUAUACUCACCACCCACGGAGUGCGCGAGCAGAAUCACCAUUACGGUGUUCCUCGUUGCCGCCUGCUUUAGUUACAGCAAUUCCGCUAUGAAUCCGAUUCUGUACGCUUUCUUGUCAGAUAAUUUCAAGAAGAGUUUUCUAAAAGCGUGCACAUGCGCAGCUGGGAAAGAUGUGAACGCCACGUUGCACGUGGAGAACAGCGUGAUACCGAGGAAACGGGGCGGAGGAGCUGCGCGUGCGCAAGCCAGAGCGAUUGAGUCGCGAGGCGGGCUGUCGGUGGCAGUGGGUGGAUCGCGGUCGGAGGCCUCGACGGCGCUGACGUCGCGGUCCGUAGCGGCAAGCGAGGUGCUGCCACUGGAGGCGCGGCCGCCGACCCUGGCGCCCCUGAUAGCACCCAACGGCCUCUCGCACUCACGGCUCUGAGUGCGGGCCUCGCGCCGCCGUCGCGAGCCUUCGUGCGCUGCCCUGGAGGAGGACACGCUUAUCGUGUCUAUAGACUAAGUGAUGGACAGUGAACCGUCGCCGCGGCAGAUCGAAAGGUGCGAGCCCUGCCUUUCGAACUACUGCCGCCUGCGACACUUUUGUACCGACCGUGUUAAGUGUGUGUGACGGUGAAAUGCGUCCUGGUGUUACGUAAUAAGGUUAAAUUUUGUACAAAUUAGCGCGAGUCGACUCGGUAUAGGGUUGUAACGAUGAAUUUACUAAGGUGUAAAGUGUUUUAUCGCUUAGCGAACGUAAGGAUCAAAGUUUGUAUACCACUAUGUUUAGUUAGGUUUGUAUGGAAGUAUGUACAUAUCGUGUAAAUAUUCACAUUGUCAUGUCAAGUGUAAUAAAGUUAUGUUCGUCAA